AUGCGUGAAAUAGUGCAUUUACAAGCUGGACAGUGCGGUAAUCAGAUAGGAUCAAAGUUUUGGGAGAUAAUUUCGGAUGAACAUGGUAUCGACCCUACCGGCAAGUACCAUGGGGACAGUGAGCUGCAGCUGGAGAGAGUGCAGGUCUACUAUAACGAGGCGGCUGAUGGAAGUCGCUUCGUACCAAGAGCAGUUCUGGUAGACUUGGAACCAGGGACAAUGGAUGCUAUUCGUUCUUCCAGUUAUGGUCAACUUUUUAGACCUGAUAAUUUCGUGUUUGGACAGAGCGGGGCCGGUAAUAAUUGGGCCAAGGGGCAUUACACAGAAGGCGCAGAACUAGUGGAAUCUGUUAUGGACGUGGUUAGAAAAGAGGCCGAGCCGUGUGACUGCUUACAGGGGUUCCAAUUGACCCAUUCCCUGGGAGGUGGGACCGGUUCAGGCUUAGGCACUUUACUGUUAAGCAAAUUGCGUGAAGAGUAUCCAGACCGAAUCGUUAACACUUUCAGCGUUAUGCCUUCGCCUAAGGUAUCCGAUACAGUAGUGGAACCAUACAACGCCACGCUGUCCGUGCACCAGCUGGUGGAAAAUACGGAUGAGACCUUCUGCAUCGACAAUGAGGCCCUGUAUGACAUCUGCUUCCGGACCCUGCGGCUCGCAUCACCGACGUACGGUGAUUUAAACCACUUGGUGUCUUUAACAAUGUCCGGCGUGACGACCUGUCUCCGCUUCCCGGGACAACUGAACGCUGACCUGCGCAAGCUGGCGGUCAACAUGGUGCCAUUCCCGCGACUGCAUUUCUUUAUGCCCGGUUUCGCGCCGCUCACAGCGCGUAACAGCCAAGGAUAUCGAGCGCUUACUGUACCAGAGUUAACGCAGCAGAUGUUCAGUCCCGUGAACAUGAUGGCGGCGUGUGACCCUCGCCAUGGCCGGUAUCUGACCGUAGCGGCUAUUUUCCGGGGACGGAUGUCGAUGAAGGAGGUGGAUGAGCAAAUGCUGUCUAUACAGGAUAAGAAUUCGGGGUACUUCGUCGAAUGGAUACCAAACAACGUGAAGGUGGCGGUGUGUGACGUACCCCCGCGGGGUCUCAAGAUGGCCGCCACAUUCGUUGGCAACUCCACGGCGAUACAGGAAAUAUUUAAGCGGAUAUCGGAACAAUUCACUGUCAUGUUUAGGAGGAAGGCCUUCCUUCACUGGUAUACUGGCGAAGGAAUGGACGAAAUGGAGUUCACAGAAGCAGAAAGUAACAUGAAUGAUCUUAUUUCUGAAUAUCAACAGUAUGAGGAGGUCGGUGUUGAUGAUGAAUUCGAUGAACAAGAGGAGGUGGCAGCUGACGAAGAGUAUCCUGAAGAAAAUUAAUCGUAUGGUGAAGAUAAAAUUUUCAAUUUAAUUUUAUCUCUUUAUUGCAAGCAAGGAAUAUUUAAUUUUACAAAAAUUUAGAAAGAAAAAAAAA